ACAGAUACCGAUAGGGUAAAAAAGACUGCUCUAUAACAUCCAGACGGACUCAAGCACUAUUCUACAGACCGAUCAUUAUUCAUCUGAGCAAAUAUGAGCGAGGAUAAACCAACUGAGACUGUGGAGACUUCCCAAGCGGAGGUAAAUGCUAUUCCUAAUGGAAAAGGCCACGAGCCUGGGGAGGAAAUCACUGCAUCAGCCAAAACACCACCUGUAGAGGACUGUGAAAAUCCCCACAGAACUGAAAACACAGAAUCCAACCUUCCAGAGAGCCAGGAAUUCUUAUCAGCUGUGGAGGACAAGAAGACGACCCGUUUUACUGAUUUUGAAGGAAAAACCUCAUUUGGGAUGUCUGUCUUCAACCUGGGUAAUGCCAUUAUGGGAAGUGGAAUUCUGGGACUUGCAUACGCCAUGGCCAACACAGGGAUUGUCCUGUUUCUGUCACUCCUUACAGUGGUGGCAGUCCUUUCAUCAUAUUCCAUCCAUCUACUGUUAAAGUCAUCUGGUAUUGUGGGCAUUCGUGCAUAUGAGCAGCUUGGCUACAGAGCUUUUGGGACCCCGGGGAAGAUGGCAGCGGGUAUUGCCAUCACGCUGCAGAACAUUGGAGCUAUGUCCAGUUACCUUUACAUAGUGAAAUAUGAGUUUCCUCUGGUCAUCCAGGCGUUUCUGAAGGUAGACAAUCCAGCAGGUGAAUGGUUCCUGAAUGGAAACUAUUUGGUCAUCAUUGUUUCUGUGGCAGUAAUAUUGCCAUUGGCUCUUAUGAAACAAUUAGGAUACCUGGGAUACACCAGUGGUUUCUCACUGAGCUGCAUGGUUUUUUUCCUAAUUUCUGUCAUCUACAAGAAGUUCAAUAUCCCUUGUCCGUUUGUGGACUUUACGUUAAACGGCACCUCCAGUGUGAUGAAUGUCAGUGUCACAAACCCUGGUGGGGAGGUUGAUCCCGCCUGCAUUCCCAAGAUGGCCAACCUCAACUCACAAACGGCUUACACCAUCCCCAUCCUGGCGUUCGCCUUUGUGUGCCACCCAGAGGUCCUCCCCAUCUACACAGAACUGCGCAAUCCUACCAAGAAAAAGAUGCAGCAUGUGUCCAACAUCUCCAUUGCAGUUAUGUACAUCAUGUACUUCCUGGCUGCUCUUUUUGGAUACCUGACUUUUUAUGGUGAAGUGGAAGCAGAGCUGCUCCACACUUACAGUCGCAUUGAUCCCUACGACACCUUAAUAUUGUGUGUGCGUGUGGCUGUACUCACCGCUGUGACACUCACAGUACCAAUUGUGCUCUUUCCUGUACGAAGAGCGAUCCAGCAGAUGAUGUUUCCCAACAAAACCUUCAACUGGCCUCGUCACAUUGCCAUUGCCAUCGUUCUCCUCACCUUCAUCAACCUGCUGGUCAUCUUCGCCCCAAACAUUCUUGGAAUUUUUGGGAUUAUCGGUGCCACGUCAGCCCCCUGCCUCAUCUUCAUAUUCCCUGCUAUCUUCUACAUUCGUAUUGUACCCAAAGAAGAGGAGCCAUUGCGCUCUACACCCAAAAUCCUGGCUGCCUGUUUUGCUGGGAUCGGCUUCCUGUUUAUGAUAAUGAGUCUCAGCUUUAUCAUCAUUGAUUGGACAUCAGGCACCAGUAAACCCAAAAGUGGUCACUAGGCACCUUCCUUUUUUCAGGUUUUAUAUUGUUGAUUUGGAUCUGUGUUGUAAUGUUUCUGUUUUUACUUUCAGUCAUCUGUGUUGAAGAUUCCCUGUCUUUUCCAUUAGAGAAUUUCAGCCACAGACAAUAGUGUGGCGUGGCUUUUUGCUCCUCUGCAAACGCUCUCACUCUGUUGAGGUUAAUAUACAGGUUACUGCACAUCCUGCCAAACAAUGACUGCCGAUCCAGGCCGGUAAAUUUUCUCGAAGAGCUGAUAGUGAAGUCCCUCAGAGACCAGGCGUGUUAAGACUGAUGGUGACGCGUGGAGGCUGUGCCUUGCGAGAAGUAAAAAGAAAACACAAAAGAGAAAAGCAACAAUGUAGAAAGCUGCUAUCUUUAAGCAACCUGUGUAAAGCGCUCGGCUGCUCUCACUGUCUGAUCUGCAAAAUGCUACUUAGAUUGUCACACACAGCCUGAGGCGCCUAAGUUUCAACCUCAGAAUGAAACGUAUUGAUAAAUACUUUUAUGAUUUUUAUUUCUAUCUUUCUAAUUCUCAUUAUUAUUAUUCUAAGUUAUUCAAGUAGCAACAUAUUUCCCACAAUCUGUCUCUCCAGAGGAAAGUGAAAGUAUGAGAGCUACUGCAAAGAUGGAGGGAUAUGUUGCAGGAGCAGUGUGGCUUUUGGGCUCUGCACCUCCUCGCUCCCUCAGGGAGGCUUAAAUGAGGAAAUUGACAGCACGCGCAUGUUACAGUAUGUAGCCAAUUAGCUCAGCUUAAUAGGCUCAAGGAAAUGUGAACUCGGUCCUUCGGUGUGCCACUUUUUGGCCCCUUUCCACAAACUUGUGCUGCUGUUGUUUAUUUAGUGUUUUGGGGGGUGUCAGCAUUCUCACCUCUCAGUGUUGGUGUAAAAAUUUACACUGCGUGGAGCACAGUGGCUACUUUCGUCAUAACAUUCCUGCACGAUAAAAUCUAGAUGUGUUUUUUCGUCUCUACUUGAUUAAAACUUAAUAUGAUGCAGUAGAGGCUGAUUAGCUGCCUUCCAGCGCAUGCUAACUGUGGCGGUGGAGUAUCCGUUUGAUAGGUUUGAGUGAGGAACAUUUUACAACCCGUCCAGAUAUCACAAAAUGUGUAGGUUGCCUGUACUGUGCAAAGAGUUUUUACUUUUUCAGUAUUGCCAUGUAAAUGACAGAUGGAAAUGGUACUGAAGACCUCCUCCACUGGAUUGUAUGGAUCAAAGAGACGACAGCAAAUGAUGCUUUAAUGUUUCCGAUUAACUGAGACAUGAUUCAUUGUUCCUGGAAGAGUUAAAGUGUUGUUUCUGAUCAUUUACUGGUAGAUGGAUAACCAAAACGUGCGUGAAAAAACAACAACAGGGUCACUUUCUGAGGUGGUUGGUGUCAAUUUGGUGACUGUAAAUAUUUCAGAAUCUAGCACAAACUUAAACCCUAACAUUAAUGACAGACAUGUCAAGUCUGUUUCUAACAAUAUUAAGAAGUUAGCAAUAGCACUUUCUUUUGAUAAGCACAACAAUAUAUACCCAUUAAUGAGGUGAAAAGCAACAAAUGUAUUUGGUCGAUGUGACUUCAGGGCUUGCCCCAUUUGUAUGACUAAAUACUGGAUCAGUUAUUCAACACAAGGUAGUGAAUUAGUAACGUAUCAGUGGUUGUCAGAUAUUACUUGAAAUGAUUCCAUUAAAGUUAGCUUCCCUGGGAGCCUCUGUGAUCAUUAGUAUACUCCUGGUCUGCUCCUAAAAUGCAAUGACUGAGAUAUUGGAUGUACCGUCGGAGGUUUUAAAGUGUCUCUGUUGUUUAGAAAAAAGAAACCCUGAGUCCAUUGUAUUUGAACUGUAGUACCUAUAUGCAUUUGUGUUGUUUGACCUACACCUAUGCUCCGGUCAGAAGUAUAAUUCUAGUGUUUGUCCUCAACCAUUGAUAGAAUAACUGUUGUUUUUAAAAAUCAUGUUCAAUGUCUAUUUGACUGUAAUCUGGUGAAUCUGAUUCAGUGAUGAAAAUGCAAGAUGAUUGUUUUUUUUUUCUUACAUUUGUCUUUUAUAACCAGUGAUUUAUCAUCAGUGGUAUAGUUUGGUCUUGUCUGUCUUCCUCGCUGCUUCAGCAGGCAGUAACCUACUAACUGGGAGUUGUUAAUGAGCUGGUGAAUUUGCCUACAUUUCAUUGUUUCUAAUAAGUUGUCUUACACCAGACUACUUUAAGUGCUGUGUGGACUGAGUAUUGUCCUAUUUCUUACUCAACAAACCUCUUUUAAUCCAUGUUUAAUUUUGUAUUGUAUCUGUAAAUUUGAUUGUCUUCAUGUAACUGUGUGCAAAGAAAUCAUCUGAAUCAGCCACUGAAGCAUAUAUUGGCACUUAAUAGAAAUGAAGGCUGCAUUCAUCCCUAACUUCCUGUUCGCAGUUUGAUUUUUGGCUGUAUCAAAGCCAAAGUAUUUUAUGCAUCAAGCCAUGCAUAAAAUACCUUGUGAUGCGCUCACACAAAAACCUCACAAUAAAGCAAAACAUCGAAUGAGAUGACAUUGCACAGGGACACUGUGUUAGUGGCUGAUUACAACAUGAUCUCUGAGGACCUAUAUUUAGAUCUGAGACCUAAUAGCCUACCUGUUUGGGACUUCUGAAAAAGCCUAUGAUUGAAUAGUGACAUAUUAAAUAUUUACAUUGGCCAGCAUUUAUAAAUAAUGUAUAUAUUAUAAAUGUAUACCCUUUAUAUUCAUAUCUAGUUUAUAUAUUGUAAAUAGCAAUUAAAGAUUUAGUCAAAUUAAAUAUAUAAAUGUAAUAAUUUUCAAAGUGCUUUUAAACCUGGUUGUCCUUCAACUCAUGUCUAUUUUCUUGUAUCUCUAUAUAUUUUAAUAUGUUGCUGGCAGUUAUUGUACUGUAAACAAUGUUGCAAUAAAGAUAAUGG